UGGCUAUAAAAAUUAUGAGCAAAAUGGAUUCGAAGAUAAUGAAAAUUAUGAUACUCAAAGCAAAGACUUUCAAGAUGAAGAACUUCAAAACAAAGAAAUUAGUAGUCAUGAUCAUAGUAGUUAUAGUUAUAGUGGUCGUAGCUAUGAUGGUCAUAGCCAGU